AUGCCGCCAAAUACAGUGCCUGAUGAGGAGCCUAGGGAUAGUGAGGGAAGGCAUUGCGACCAUACUGAGAAUGAUAGUGAGACAAAACGGUAUCCUCAAAGAGAAAGGAACCCUCCCAGAUACUUAGAAGAGGACACCCUUCUCCCUAAGAAUGCCGAUUAUGCCCACAUUAGUGUAGAUUACUGCUACAAAGUUUGUGGAUUACCACAAAAUUACACAGAAGCCAUGGGAUCACCUCAAGCUAGGAAGUGGGAGCAAGCAAUGAAGGAAGAGAUCAGCUCUCUGAAGGAGAAUGAUACUUACGAAUUAUCAACUUUACCAGAAGGUAAAGCUUCAGUGGGGGGAAAAUGGGUGUACACAACCAAACAAGAUCAGAAUGACAUAGAGACCUUUAAGGCCAGAUAUGUAGCGAAGGGUUAG